AUGUCUUCGGAUAAUCAUAACAAUGAUGGGUUUCCAUUUAUUCCAGUUGCAAGAGAUUCUGGAAGUCAUGAUUCACAUUUAUUAGAUAUACAAGAUAAUGAUAAUUCACAAACUCCAUCAUCACCGAUAGGAGGAGGAGGGAAAGGAGGAAAACCAAGAUCUCAACGUCCCAAGAAACAACGAGUAACUUAUAAAUCAAGCACUACACCAAGUGUAAAUGUUGUUGAAGAAACUGAAAAUAAUGGUGAUAAUGGAGAUCGAAAUGAAGAGGGAUCUGGUGAUGAAAGUGAUCGAGAGUAUACACUUAAAGAAAGACAAGAUAAAAUAAAUUAUACACAUCCAUUUGGAUUACCAUUGUGGAAACCAGCAUUAUAUAAAAAAUCUCGUUCAGUGAUUCGUAAUGCCAAUGAAGCAUUGCAUUCAGCUCCUUCAUCAGACUUGUAUCUUCGACCAGGAAAUAUUUUAUGGGCAAUAUUAUGUGGAUGGUGGCUAGCACUUAUUUCACUUGUUUUGUCAUUUAUUCUAUCGAUGAUGCCAUUUGGAGGAUCACAAUAUGCUCGUGUAUUACGUGAACUAAGUUGUUAUAUUUUGUGGCCUUUUGACAAGUAUGUAGAGAUAAUUGAGGAUGAGUUUCUUGAAGAGGAUGAUGGACAUGAUUAUGCGACUUUUGAAAAUAAUGAUGGGAUCAAUAGCAGUGAAAGUGAUAUUAAUCUUGAUGUUGGUGGUGGUCGUCGUCGUUAUCGUGAUAAUGAGGCAGCUGCGGGUGAAAGAAGACCAUUAUUGCCACAUACUCCUAGUUUUAUAGAAGUUCGUAGAAAAAAUCGAGAAAAAAAAAACUUAUUUAAUAAAGUGGGUGAAAUGGGCCCUGCUGGAUUGGUUUUCUGUUUUUUGUUUUAUUUAGUUAUUGCACCUCUGUUCUUGCUUGUUUCCGCAUUGUGUUGGUUGGCUGUAAUUCCCAUACCAAUGGCCAAGCUUACCUAUAUUCUAACAAGACAUCUGAGGAGACAUCCUCUCUCUUUAAACUUUAAAUCUGGUUCAACAACAUCAUCAUAUCAUUCAUUAAUUUUGUUAUGUACACAUGAUGCAAUUGGAUUUCAAUAUUACAAAUACACAUUCGAAGGAAUUAAUAUUAUUUUUAUUAAUCUUAUACCCUUGGUGUUUUUUGCAAUCAUAGAUGACUAUAUACUUCACGAAAUAUUAAAUUUAGAUUAUUUCUUCACAGAUCCCAAAUUUAUUUUCUCCAUUUCACUUGCAUCUGUGAUACCACUUUCAUAUUUUAUUGGAAUGGCUGUUGCUUCAAUCUCUGCACAAUCUUCAGCUGGUAUGGGUGCUGUGAUUAAUGCUACAUUUGGUAGUAUAAUUGAAAUAAUUUUGUAUGCGAUGGCUUUAAUCAGAGGUAAAGGCAAACUUACUGAAGGUAGUAUCAUUGGAAGUUUGAUGGCUGGUGUACUUUUAAUGCCUGGUGUUAGUAUGGUUAGUGGCGCUUUUAAACGUAAAGAACAAAAAUUUAAUGCAAAAAGUGCAGGUGUAACAUCUACUAUGCUUAUAAUGGCUAUUAUUGGUGCGCUUACACCAACUCUUUUCUAUCAAACCUAUGCACCGAAUGAUCAAUUCGGCGAUUGUCAACGAUGUGUUCAUCUCCAAGUAGAUCCGAUCACUACUCCAUUAUAUAAAAAUAAAGUAAAACCUUUAAUGUAUUUUUGCGCGUGUGUUUUAUCAUACCUCAUUGGUCUUUGGUUUACUUUAAGAACGCACGCAGCUUUAGUAUGGCAAACAGGACACCAUCACACAUUUGCGGAUCAAAAUACUCAAAAUAAUAGAAUGUCACUUUACAAAAAAAUCACUAAUACAUUAAUGCAAUCACUCCCUACCUAUAAUACUCAUCCUCAACAACAUCAACAGCAGCAGCAGCAACAUCAACAUCAACCACCAACACUUCAUCAUAGACCAAUGUCUGCAUUUGAUGCUGGUCAUCAUCAUCAUCAUUUAUCACCAGAAAAUAUAAAUAUUGCUCAAGUUGCUGCUAAUUUGGAUCAACUUAGAUUUGCAUAUGAUCCUGAAGAAGAAGAAGAGCCUGUUGGUCAUGAUUCUCCAAAUUGGAGUAAAUUAAAGAGUGGAAUUGUAUUGGUCAUUUGUACAAUACUUUAUUCUGCGGUAGCAGAGAUACUGGUGAGUAAUGUUGAAGUAGUGUUGAAAAAGGAUCCAGAUGAUAAAAUUAGUCAUGGUUAUGAAAAAUUAGUUGGAUUAACAUUGUUUGCAUUGGUUCCUAAUGUUACUGAAUUUGUUAACGCAAUGGCAUUUGCAUUAUAUGCGUAUGCAUUACAAGUAUGCUUAUUACAAAUUCCUGCAAUGGUAGCAUUUUCUGGUUGGUAUAAUCAUGGAAUAGGGGAUGAGGAACAAAAAGGACACACAUUCACAUUGGUAUUUCCAAGAUGGGAUGUAUUUGCUGUAGUGUUUUCAGUUUUCUUAUUAACUUAUACUUAUAUCGAAGGAAAAGCUAAUUAUUUCAAAGGUUCAAUUUUAAUUUUAUCAUAUUUAGUAUUAAUGGCAGGAUUUUUCUGUGCACCUAAACAUGAUAAUUAUUAA